GGCGAACUGUCCACCUUGCACCUCUCGUCACGCCUUGCUCGCGCCGAGCUGCUCCCCGAGCCCUUACCCUCCCCACCUCCCAGCUCCGUUCUCCCUUUUCCUUUUCUCCCUCCCAGGCCUUUUCCUUCCUCGCCCGACCUCUCUCGCCUCUUCUUCUUGCCUUCCGCUGCGCCCAGUGCGCAGGCCCUCCAGAGUACACAAUGUCCGAAUUCAUUGGCUCUCGCAUAUCCCUCAUCUCUAAGAGCGACAUCCGAUAUUGCGGCACGCUUCACAACAUCAACAGCGACGACUCGACCGUCUCGCUCGAGAAUGUCCAGUCCUUUGGCACAGAAGGCCGCAAGGGCAAUCCGGACGAGGAGAUAGGUCCCUCAGACCAGGUCUACGAGUACAUCGUCUUCCGUGGCAGCGAUGUGAAGGAUCUGCGCAUCGAGUCGGCGGCACCAGCCAAGGAGAACAGCCCUCCAAAGGUGCCCGAUGACCCUGCGAUUGUCGGCGCUCGCGCUCGCCCAGCUGGAAACGCUCCCAGCGGACCCGGCAAUCAGCAACAAGGCGGGCCAGGUGCUCCUGGCUUCGGUGGUCCUGGUGGUCCUGGUGGUCCUGGCGCUUUCCAGCAGCCCAACCACUUUUACCCUCCCCCUCCUGGACCUCCGGGACAAUGGGGUCGUGGCGGACCGCCUCCUCAAGGAUUCAAUGGCAUGCCUUACCCGCCUCCUCCGGGCUGGUUCCCUCCGGGUCAAGGCUUCCCUCCUGGGGCUCCUGGUCCUUGGAACAACUUCGGCUACCCGGGUCCUCACGGCCCGCCUGGCGGUCCUGGUCAGCAGCAAGGUGGCAGAGACGGCCCUUUUUCAGACAAGCAACAAGGGCCUGGUGGUGACAAGGCCAGAUCAGGCGGUCCUCCUGGUCCUGCGGUCGAGUUGUCCUCAGAGACCAAGUCUUCAGCACCGGCUGCUCCAGGCGUAGCUCCUACACCUCCGGUCGAUUCGAAGCCGUCAGUGGCUGAAGUUAAGGCCACUGCCGACUCCCUCACUGCCUCAGCGCAACAGCCGGCAGCAGUAACUAAGGGGGUUCCUACUGGUCCCAAGAGCAAUCGCAUUACGCCUGCCGUUCCUUUCUCCAAGCAAGGAGGUCCAGCUGUUGCGGCUGCCGCUGCGGUAAAACCCGGCGCCGAUGCUGGCAAGAACCAGAACCAGGCCACGAGCCUGCAGGAUGCUACGGACGCCGCUCGAGCUGCCGUUGCGGUUGCGAUGGCGAAAAUGAACCAAGCUGGCGCUGGACAAUCAGCUGCACCUGCUGCCCAAGUGACUGGCCAUGGCAAUAACGCCGCGAUCGACAAUCUGACCAACAAGGUCAAUGACAUGCGGGUCAACGCAAACCGCCGCGGCCGUGGCCGUGGUGGACGUGGCGGCAAUGUCCAAGGCAGCAAGGUUGAGGUUCCCACGGAAGACUUCGACUUUGGCGCCGCGAAUGCCAAGUUCAACAAGCAGGACGUGGCGCAGGCUGCUGAAGUUGGCUCACCAUUGUCUGAAGUCCCGAAUGGUACACCAGCCGAGACCCCGGUGUCAGAGGAUGCUGCUCCCGCAGCGCCACCGGCAUACAACAAGACCAAAUCAUUCUUUGACAACAUCUCCAGCGAGGCGCGUGAACGUGCUGAGAAUGGUGGCCAAAAAGCCGGCGGUCCCGGUUGGCGCGGCGAAGAACAACGCAAGAACAUGGAAACAUUCGGCCAGGAGAGUGUCGAUGGCGGAUACCGCAACUACCGUGGCAGAGGUCGUGGACGCGGUCGCGGGCGUGGCUAUGGUGGCCGUGGGCGUGGUGGCGCACCAAGACAGCCCGCUGCCCAGUAAUGGCUGGCCGUCGUCCCAAUCAGCAGCAUGGUGGAUUUCUCGAGCGACCUUGCUUUGUCUUUCGGCUUGGCUGAGUCUGACGAACUUGUACACUACCCGUCCCAGGCCACACUACUGGCCUCUUCUCCCACUACAUCUACUGAGAAUUCCUGCAGCGAGCACAUUUGAGAUUCUCUGUUUAGCCAUUUUCUACGGAUCUCGAGGAGUCCCCGUCUCAAAAGUCGUACUACCGGCUGCAGCGAUUGGAGCGGCGUUUUUGUGUUUUUACGCGCGAGGGUAUGACAAUGAUUAAGGAUAACGACAUCACACGGCGCGUGGGCAAAAAUAUGCAUCGUCCUUGCAUGAAUUUUCGGGUUGGACCAUGGCCACGGCGGUUCUUGCAACAUGUUAUUGAGGUCAGUUGACAUGGUCUCAACUGUUUUUUUUUUUUCUUUUUUCUUUUUUUUUU